CACAUCCUCUGACCACAAAAACUGUGGGUGCCUGCGAGUUGCGACGAUCGACACCGCUGUCACCUCCCGUCGGAGUUGUCAUUUGUUUGAAUCUCAUUAAUCAGCAGCGUUUUUCACCAGUUGUUCUGCGCCGAUCUGCUGCUAAUUGAAUCUCCGCUGAUCCACCGCUUUGAGGUAUUUUGAGGUUCCUCGAAUCAGCUUUUAGGAUUGUGUGAUGGGGUCUAGCAAAACUGAAGUGAAUUUGAGACGGUUACUUGCAGCAGCUCCACAGCAACAAAAUCAAACAAAACUCGUACAUUAUGUUGCCACUCUGCGCGAGCAACUGGAGCAACUGGCUGAAGAGAGGAGUCCUGAAGGUCUGCCGAGAGUUUCAAAAGCUCAAUUGAAUGAAUAUUCAGAGAAAAUUGAAGCUAUAGCAGCCAAACUAGCAGUCACCGAGUCCAGUACUCAAUUUUCUCCGGAGCCUUCUCUUGAGAAAAUUAAGGUGAGGGAAUCCCCUUCUACAUCAGAGAAAGAAAUUAUUGGCUCUCCAAGAGGACUGAGAAGAAGAUUUUUGGCUUCGUCGGAUGAUAGAACCCCCAAUACUGUUGAGGAUACUGACACUACAAAAUCUGUUAAAUUGGAUACUGCAGCACAGGCUCAUAUUGAGAAACACAGAAAACUACAAGAAGAUUUGACAGAUGAAAUGGUUGGUUUGGCAAGACAACUCAAAGAAAGUAGUCUUAUGAUGAAUCAAUCCAUCAAAAACACCGAGAAUAUACUUGACUCGACAGAGAAAGCUGUCGAGCACAGCUUGGCAAGCACUGGGCAUGCAAACUCACGUGCAAUGGAGGUCUACUCUCAGAGCAUGAAAACGUCGUGCUUCACAUGGCUACUCAUGUUUGCCAUGAUGUGCAUAUUCGUCAUGGUCGUUUUGCUUAUACGCGUUACUUAGAAUAUACGAGCAAGUUUCCAAUAAUCAAAACCAUGUACUUCUGUUCUAAGUCGUCGUGUUUAUCUGUGAUGUGUAAAGAAUAGAGAUUGGUGCUUGCGAUUAAUUUAAACAGGUAGUUGUUUGGACCAUAUGUUUUGUCCUGUCUUAUGUUUUGUUUUCAAAUCAUUUUUGCUUUGGUAGGAAAGAGUGUUGUCUGAGUUAAUGAAGACUAGACUCUGCGGAGUCUCUUUCUUGUCUGUAUUUUUUUGCGUUAAACGUCGUAACAGUGACGGCGAUA